UGUUACAUGUCGGGUAAAGAAAACAGAGAGAAGGAAAGAUUUUUAAAGAUGGUUUCCAUCUCUAGGAUCUGGGUUUCUCUUUUAAGAUGCUCAUCGUUUGCUUGGUCAACUUCAUUUUGUGAUGACUUGAGCUACAUCUGUUCAUCACAUUUUAUUAUCUUCCCAAGUGACUUAUGCUCAGUUAAUACAAUUGUUUCUUGUUUGUAAACUUUUUGAUUUUGGCCAGAGAUGGUCAGGUUCCUACUCUUUAUCAAGUGAGUUGGAACUGUUACAUCUCUGGUAAAGAAAACAGAGACAAGGAAAGCCCUUUUGAUGGUUUCCAUCUUUUGGUCUGAAAUUCUCUCUAAAGGUGUACAUCGUUUGCUUGGUCAUCUGAAUCUGUGAUGGCAUGGGCUACAUCUGUCCCCCACAACUAAAUAAUCAAUCUCCUGUUAUAUACUAUAAGUAGAUAAUUUGUUGGACCGCAUAAAAUGGGAUGAGAAAGGAUUAGCUGUGGCUAUUGCACAAAACGUUGACACUGGAGCAGUAUUAAUGCAAGGCUUUGCUAACCGAGAGGCUCUCUCCACAACCAUCACUUCUCGUAAAGCUACAUUCUUCAGUCGAUCAAGAUCUACCUUGUGGACUAAGGGAGAGACAUCCAAUAACUUCAUCAACGUCCUCGAUGUUUAUAUUGACUGUGAUCGCGAUUCGAUAAUUUACCUUGGAACACCUGAUGGGCCUACUUGUCACACAGGGGCAGAGACUUGUUACUAUACAUCAGUUUUGGACCAGUUAAUCGAUGAUGAGGCUUCAGGAGAGAAGCUAGCAUCAACAACAUUGUACUCGCUAGAAUCAAUCAUUUCAAAGAGGAAGGAGGAAUCAACAGUUCCUCAAGAAGGCAAACCGUCAUGGACCCGGCGGUUAUUGACCGAUGAUGCUCUGCUUUGCUCAAAGAUCAGGGAAGAAGCAGACGAGUUAUGCAGAACGCUUGAGGAUAAGGAGGAAGUAUCAAGAACAGCAUCAGAGAUGGCGGAUGUGUUGUACCAUGCGAUGGUGCUUCUGUCUAAAAGGGAUGUCAAGUUUGAAGAUGUACUUGAAGUUCUUAGGAAACGCUUCUCUCAAUCUGGGAUCGAGGAGAAGCAAAGCCGUUCAAAGUGACCUUUUAAACUGUUGUAUUUGCGAGAAUUUUAACUAUUCCACUGCUCUUAUCAUAGAGCUUUUUUUGUACAUUGCAAAAUCGGAAAUAAAUUGUAUCGUGCUUUUGUACAUUGCAAAAUCGGAAAUAAAUUGUAUCGUUUUAUUUAUGUAAACUCUUGCUCUGCUGUA